UGACCGCUGUUUGCUGGAGGAAAUAAACCAGGCUAGGCUAGCAGGAGAGAUAUUUAGCUGUCUGGAGAGCAGGGACACAGUCGGGGUGAACUCGGGGGGGAACAGCGGAGACCGAGCGGAGCGAGUCCUUCACGCUCAACAAUGCGAACGCUGGGUGCCGCCGUCAGCUAACACUGUGCCGACACACAGAGACCGAACAAAUUGGAUGGGAACCCGACAGCAGAUAAAAGGCGACAUCGUCGGUUGAAGGGUUAGCUUAGUUUAAAUGUUAUUGUCAAUUAAAACCGACAUAUGGUCACAAUGUCCUGCCCUGGCAACCUUGUUUGGGAUGUUAAUAAACGCUUAAUUGGAUACAGCAAUCCUAACACCAUCAGGACCAACUAUUUAGGUAGAAGAGAAUUUGUCCAGAGGCUUAAACUUGAAGCUACACUGAAUGUGCACAGUGGCUGCGUCAACACAAUAUCCUGGAAUGACACGGGUGAAUAUAUCUUGUCGGGUUCAGAUGAUACCUAUCUGGUCAUUACAAACCCGUACAACAAAAAGGUCAAGAAAUCCAUACGUUCAGGUCAUCGGGCAAAUAUCUUCAGUGCAAAGUUCAUGCCUCACACUAAUGAUCAGGAAAUCAUCUCCUGUUCUGGAGAUGGCAUCAUUUACUACACCCACACCGAGAAGAGCCCCGAGUUCAACAGACAGUGUCAGUUCACCUGCCAUUAUGGGACAGCUUAUGAGAUUAUGACGGUACCAAACGAUCCCUACACGUUCCUGUCGUGUGGAGAGGAUGGCACAGUGCGAUGGUUUGACCUGCGCACCAAAACCAGCUGCACUAAAGAAGACUGCAAAGAUGACAUCCUUAUAAACUGUCGAAGAGCAGCAACCUCCAUAUCUAUCUCUCCUCUGGUGCCGUAUUAUUUGGCCGUUGGCUGCUCCGACAGCUCGGUGCGAAUCUAUGACAGGCGUAUGUUGGGCACCAGAGCGACAGGCAACUACAUGGGCCGAGGGACGACAGGCAUGUGUGUCCGGUUUGUUCCCACCCAUCUUGCCAACAAAUCAUGCAGGGUGACGUCUCUAUGCUACAGCGAGGACAGUCAGGAGGUGCUCGUCAGUUACUCCUCUGAUUACAUCUACCUGUUUGAUCCCAAAGAUGACCAGGCCAGAGAGCUCAAAGGGCCGUCAGAAGACAGGAGGGAGGAGCUGAGGCAGCCUCCAGUGAAACGCCUCCGUCUGCGAGGUGACUGGUCUGACACCGGACCCCGAGCUCGUCCUGAGAGCGAAAGGGAAAGAGAUGGGGAGCAGAGUCCGAAUGUGUCCUUGAUGCAGAGGAUGUCGGAUAUGUUGUCCCGGUGGUUCGAGGAGGCCAGCGAAGCUCAGAGCAGCAGAGGAACCCGACCCCAGACACGGCCCAGAGGAACAGCUGUCCGGCCAGAGGGGGUAUCAAACAAUCCUGCUGCCCCGACAGAAGACUCCAGCCAGGAGUCCAGUGCCACAGAGAGGCCUGUGGGGACAGACUACCCAGAGGUCCCUGCCAGUCCUGCCGCCACUGCCGCUCCUAUGCCUAAAUCCACUUCCUCUUCCUCCUCAGGGUCAUCAUCAACAGUUACAGCACCUCCUACUUCUAGCUCUUCGUCAGUGGAGAGCUCGGCCCCUUCUUCCUCCCCUCUUACAUCCUCCCCUGAUUCAGAGCAGAGGAGUCAGGGCAACACGACUGGGACGCCCACACCGACCGCUACACCCACCUCUGAACCAGCUCUUUCAGAGUACGGUCCUCAUCGGCUGCCCAUAAGUUUAGUGUGUAGGCGUUUGCAGAGGUUGCUCCGGCUUGCCGAUCCCCCAGGACAGGGUCAGCGAGCGACCCCUUCCUCUUCCUCUUCUUCCUCUGCAGCCGCUGAGAGUCAGUCACAAAGAAGUGCUACCUCUGCAGCUGCUGCUGUCGCCAUGAAGCAACCCCAUUCAGAUUCCCCCUCGUCUGUGGUAAACAAACAGCUGGGAUCCAUGACUCUUGAUGAACAGCAGGGAGCAGCAGAAGCUGCAGGUUCAUCACCUGAUGAAUCUGCUCCUGCAGUGGCCAGCAGCAGUCCUCCCACCUCCACCACCAGAUCCAGCGCAGCAGAGCCAGUCCUCAGCCUGCACUACAGCUCGGAAGGCACCACCACCAGCACCAUCAAACUAGACUUCACAGAUGAAUGGAGCAGCAGCACUUCCAGCUCGCUGGGCAGUGGAGGCCCUAAGACGUCGGAGGCUGUAGCUGCGCAGAGCAGAGAGAAUCUGUCUACAGAGAGCUUGGCAUCAGAUGAGGUUCCCUGCGAGUCCUCCAGGCAGCAGAGUUUACUAGCCAGUUCCACAGACCCUCCAUGUGAGGCCUCCUGCUCCGCAGCCCUCAGCAGCUUGACAGCUCAGGGCCCAGCAGAGGGAUCCUCUGAGGGCGACAGCAUGGCGCCUUCACUGCAGGAGAGGUGUCAGCCGGAGGGUUCAGAGGAUACGCCAGGGGACUGCAGGAGAACAGAGCCGGCUGGAGAGGAGGGAGAGGAGGGCCAGAGCCAGCCGGCACAGAGCAACCAGGACUCUGACGACAGCGACGAUGACCCGAUUCUUAUCCCAUCAGCAAGGUUCAGAGGACAGGGACAGAGAUUUAAUUCCAGAGGAUCUGCAGUAGGAGAUAGGAUGAUCAGACGUUCAGCUGCAGCUCGUAUUCAGGAGCUGUUUCGUAGGAGGAAAGAAAGGAGGGAAAUGGAGGAGAACGAGACCCAGAAUAUCAGGAGACCUUCGGUCAAAAUGGUAUACAAGGGCCACCGUAACUCCAGGACAAUGAUAAAGGAGUCGUGUUUCUGGGGCAACAACUUCGUGAUGAGUGGUUCAGAUUGUGGUCACAUCUUCAUCUGGGACAGACACACCGCUGAGCAUCUCAUGCUGCUGGAAGCCGACAACCACGUGGUUAACUGCCUGCAGCCCCACCCCUACGACCCCAUUCUGGCUUCUUCGGGGAUAGACUACGAUAUCAAGAUUUGGUCGCCACUGGAGGAGUCGCCAUCUUUCAACAGAGUUCUUGCUGAUGAGGUAAUAACCAGGAAUGAGCUGAUGCUAGAAGAAACAAGAAACACAAUCACAGUCCCGGCCUCUUUCAUGCUCCGAAUGUUGGCCUCCCUCAAUCACAUUAGAUCAGAUCGAAUAGAAGGCGAUCGCUCUGAAGGCUCAGGACAGGAAAACGAGGACGAGCAGUAGCCUGCUGGCGUUUUAUUUUCAAGAAAACACUAUUUGUUCUUGCUGUAUAGCACUUGAAAAAAUACCUGAGAUUUGUACAAGUAUAGUCUAGAAUACUUCCUUUUGAAUAUUAGUGUAAUUUCUAGCCCCUGUGUGUUUCGAUUUUUUUUUAAUGACUUUCUUACUGAUGUUUCUGUAUGAGGGUAAACGAUGUGUGUGAAUGGAUAAGGUUGGAUAUAUAUAAAUGAUAGAGUAUGUAAUAUGUUAGGUGUGAGAAUAAUGGCGGCUGGUGUGAAAGGAUGUUAAGUGCAAUAUUAUUUUCUGUUAGGAGCAGGAGAGAUUUGAUCAGUGUUAAAGUUUGACAAUUUUGAAUUUGUAGCAAAGAAAUGUUGCUGUGUUGCUGCGGCAUGUGAAUACAGUCUUUCAGUAAAAGACAAAUGCUUUAAUUUUACUGUUUAAGAGGAAAAAAAGAAAGUGAUGGUUCUUCUUCCAAAAGAGUCUAUAGUUUUAUAGAGUUUGGAAAUAAAAUAAAAGCUAAAUUAAAACUAAUAAGUAAAGCCACUUACUGUUUACCAAAAAAUAAAUAAAUAAAAAAAAAAAUAAUUAUCUGUCAGAGGCAGUGACAGGAAGCAGCUGCUCAUGACUGAGCAGAAUGGCUGUUUAGUUUCAAGUUAACUAUGAGUCAGACUUGUAUCGUCUGGGGCAGGUUUUAUGGUUGUCUGUCCAAAUUCUGCCUCCAGAAGAAAUUGGAGAUCACUAAAUUUAAGAUUUAAACUCAAAGAACUUAUAAUAUCCUUCUGGGAUUGAUGAAGUAAUUUAUUUAAUUUCAUUAAAGAAAAAUUCUGUUUUCUUGCACUCAUCUCUUUUCUAGGACUUUCAGGUAAAAAAAAAUUAACAGAAGAUCUUGUGUUGAGUUCCUGCAACUUUUUUGAGUGUGUGUGUGUGUGUGUGUGUGUGUGUGGUGUGUGUGUGUGUGUGUAAAACUGUGAGUGUGAGCAGGUGACUAUGGAGAUAAAGUCAGGAGGAGAUAUUCAUGCAGUUA